AUGCCCAAAGCCCGCAAAUCCCACCCCACCCCCACCCCCACCUCAGCGGGCCCCUACGCCCGCCCUGCCCCACCCACCCCCUCCGCAAAGGCCGCUGCCACAAAGGCCGUCAACAACGUCUUCAAGAUGAACACGGGCCUCGGCCAGCACAUCCUGAAGAACCCGGGCGUCGCGCAGGCCAUCGUCGACAAGGCCGGCCUCAAGCAGAGCGACAUUGUGCUCGAAGUCGGCCCGGGAACGGGGAAUCUCACGGUCAAGAUACUGGAGCAGGCGCGCCGCGUGGUGGCUGUCGAGAUGGAUCCGAGGAUGGCCGCGGAGCUGACGAAGCGUGUCCAGGGACGGCCCGAGCAGAAGAGGCUGGAGGUCGUGCUGGGCGAUUGCAUCAAGACGGAGCUGCCGUAUUUUGAUGUGUGUAUCAGUAAUACGCCGUAUCAGAUUUCCUCCCCCCUAGUGUUCAAGCUCCUCGCGCUCUCCCCCGCGCCCCGCACCUGCGUGCUCAUGUUCCAGCGCGAGUUCGCGCUGCGGCUCGUGGCGCGCCCCGGCGACGCCCUCUACUGCCGCCUCAGCGUCAACGCGCAGAUGUGGGCGAAAUGCACGCACAUCAUGAAGGUCGGCAAGAACAACUUCAAGCCGCCGCCGCAGGUCGAGUCGUCGGUCAUCAAGCUCGAGAUCAAGAGCCCGCGCCCGGCCGUGUCGUACGAUGAGUGGGAUGGGCUGCUGAGGGUGGUGUUUGUGCGGAAGAAUAAGACCAUUGCGGCGGGGUUUAAGAGUAGUGCGGUGAUGGGGAUGGUGGAGAGGAAUUAUAGGACGUGGUGUGCGACGGUGGGGGUGCCGCUGGAGGAGGGGGGGGAGGGGGAUGUGGAGAUGGGGGAUGGCGGGGUGGGGGGCGAGGAGGAGGUGGAGGAGAUGGAGGUGGAUGAGGAGGGGAUGGGGGAUGUGAAGAAGGUGCUGGUUAAGAAGAGCAGGAAGGGGAAGGGCAAGGUCGCGGAGAUUGUCAAGAGGAAGGUGGAGAAGGUGUUGGAGGAGACGGAGCUGGGGGAGAAGAGGGCGGGGAAGUGUGAUGAGGCGGACUUUUUGAAGCUGCUGUAUGGCUUCAAUAAGGAGGGGAUUCACUUAAGUUAG